AUGAGCAGCUUUACACCUUCUAUUUACAGGACUGCUGACGGAGCACAAACACCCACACCUCAGACACUUCAGACUGAAGACACGGAUCACAACUACUACACAUCUAAAACGUACGCCCCGGCGGAUCAGAUGAGCAAAGACUUGUGGGUAAAUAUCGAGCAGAUGGACAAAGAGAAAGUGAAGAUCCACGGGAUUCUGUCCAACACGCACAGACAAGCAGCGAGAGUUAAUCUGUCCUUCGAUUUCCCUUUUUAUGGACAUUUCCUGCGUGAAAUCACCGUGGCAACUGGUGGGUUCAUCUAUACUGGUGACGUGGUCCACCGGAUGCUAACAGCUACACAGUACAUCGCUCCACUGAUGGCGAACUUUGACCCCAGCGUCUCUAGGAACUCUACUGUCAUCUACUUUGACAAUGGUACCGCUCUGGUGGUGCAGUGGGACCACGUUCACUUACAGGACAACUACAACCUGGGCAGCUUCACUUUUCAGGCCACGCUGCACAACACAGGCAGGAUUGUCUUUGCAUACAAAGAGAUCCCUAUUGAGGUGUCACAGAUCAGCUCUGUCAAUCACCCGGUGAAGGUGGGCCUGUCUGAUGCCUUCGUGGUGGUCCACAAGAUCCAGCAGAUACCAAACGUGAGGCGGAGGACAAUCUACGAGUACCACCGUGUGGAGCUGACAAAGACCAGGAUCACUAACUCUACAGCGGUGGAAAUGAUGCCUUUACCCACGUGUCUCCAGUUCAACACCUGUAGCUCGUGCAUCUCCUCACAGAUCAACUUCAACUGUAGCUGGUGUCAUCGGCUCAACAGAUGUUCCAGUGGCUUUGACCGCCAUCGGCAGGAUUGGGUGGACAACAGCUGUCCAGAUGAGACUAAAGACAAGAUGUGUGACAUGGUCGACACCACGUACCUCUACCCGUUCACCACCACCGUCGUCGCCAAGACAACAUCCAAGAGCAGCGAGGUCACGGCAGGCAGGGAGACGCCCACCACCUCCCCUCCGCCAACCAGCGUCCCCACUGAAGGUAAAGAAACAAAACACACAGCUGGAUCAAAGUGUUGCACGGAGAACGACUUGCUGGAGGUGUGGAGUAAAACGGGGCAUCAGGGAAACGAGUGGAAUCAAGCCGAGAUCCCCCUGAGGAAGCUGAGGAACUUCGAGGUGAUAUUCGAGGGGAUCCGCUCGAGGGACGUCAGCGGAGGAGCUGCUCUGGAUGAUCUGGAGUUCGUAGACUGUGCUCCAAGUAGGUGA